AUGGAGUGGCUAGCGAGACAUCCGGAGGACUGGAAUCAAAUCAAAAACAAGCGCUGCCGAGUUUUGAUUAAGAAGACCAAAGAGUUUUGCAAGGCAAACAGACCACAUGCGGCUGAACUCGAAGCCGCCGUCAAAACCAUGCUCCAAGUUGCCAAGGAUAUUCGAAAGAAAGGCAAAAUCGACGAAUUAAAACCUUAUGUAAUGGAACUGUCGGGGUUCCCAUCUGAUGACCUUGACAGAACGUCGAUAAACGAUAAAAUAGAAGGCGGCCGCCUGGUCAAUUUCGAGAAAAGGCGAAAAGAAUACGAUCUGCUGAAGACCAUCGCCACGCUUCAAGAUUCAUGCCGAGAUUCUGAAAAUUUCAAAAACUUGGAAAUUACGCCGAUUUUCAAGACUUGGAUCUCCUUCGUUCAGAUUGAAUCAACGGGAUCCUCGAUCGAUAGCAGCAUUCAAUCAGAAUCGGAUGAAGCGCACUCGUCAGACGGAAGACGCAAGCCCGCGGUCCGACACGUUUCAUCUGAAGCACUCUCUCCGGAAACACCUCAGCCACUGGCCACCAGCAACUCGAAAUCAUUCAGUGAAGAGUUUGGCCAGAGCUUGAUGGUGCGGAUCAGUGUGGAAGAUGCAGCCUGCUCGGCCGGCAUUAAUUACAGAACAAUCAGGAUAUUCGAAAGAGAUCGUGUGAGCAAUUUGAUCGUCACGACUCUUGACAAAUUCAACCUGUCGACAACAAAUGUAGAAAAAUGGAAGUUGUUACAGCGCACUGAUGAUGGAAAAGAACUCAACUUUCCGAACAACUCCGCCAUUUUCCACUGUGUCAGUGGUUAUACUGGCAUCAUCAUGCUAAUUGUAAAAAGAAAAAGCAACAAAGAAAUAGAAACUGAAGACCUCAACAAACAGCAACGAAGAAAACGGCUUCUUCCCCAGGACAAUCUGGCAGUCACCUCCAAGCUCAUGUGA